CACACGCACACACAAAAAGUACAUUGAUGCUCUCUCUCUCUUCUCUCUCUCCUGUUGUUUCUACAAUUCGUACAAUUCUAUCUUGCUUUUGCAUAUUAUUAACCUCUUUCCUACAACCGCCCAAUCUCUUCUUCUUUGCCUCAAUUUGUUAUUUAAUUGAAACUUUUCUUCUUAUUUUUGUUUUGCCUCAAAUCGUAAUCUGGAUUUUCUUCUUUGAUUAAUAAAUCCUAAAUAAUCUGGCCUACGUCACUUUUCUAGGGUUCUUUCUUCUUCUUCUUCUUAUUCUUCUUCAAAAUCAAAAUCAAAUCCACGCACAGAUGAAGGUUCACCCGGUGCCCAGAAAGCGCAACAUCACCCUCCGAUACGACGUCGCAUCGGUUCUAGCUCAGGCCAACAGCUGCCGCCAGAAAAAACUGCGGCGCCUCCCCCACAUCUUCGCCAAGGUUCUAGAGCUCCCCUUCCACUCCGACGCCGACGUCACGGUGGUGGAGACGCCAGACUUCCUCAGAUUCACCGCCGCCACCGAUGACAUCUCCGGCGACGUUAGGGCCGACGCAAUCGAGAUCUACCCUGGGGUUACCAAAAUUGUAAUCAGGGGAAACGGAGUCGUUGACUUGUCCGGAACCGAGUUGGAACUGGAUUUGUGGCGGUUUAGGCUUCCGGCCACGAUGCGGCCGGAGCUCGCCACCGCCGUAUACGAAGACGGCGAAUUGGUGGUCACGGUGCCGAAAGGAGCGGCGGAUGUGGAGGAGGAGGCGGAUGGCGGCGCAGAGGAGAGUGGGAGGCUUGUUCUUGUACAGUAAAGUAGAUUAAUUUAUCCUCAGCUUUCGCUUAUUUUUUUCCCUCCUACAAAUUACUCUGUUUACGAUUAA